UGUUUUCUGUCUUUGUCAGGAUAUGUCCGUUUUUCCGAGGACAUGUCCUGUUGUCUGUCUUUUUCAGGAUAUGUCCUGGUUUCCGAGAAUAUGUCCUGUUUUCUGUCUUUGUCAGGAUAUGUCCUGUUUUAAUACAACAUGUCCUAUUUUCUGUCUUUGUCAGGAUAUGUCCUCUUUUCCUAAAACAUGUCCUGUUUUCCAUUUUCUCAGGACAUGUCUGGUUUUCCUAUUUCAUGUCCUGUCUUUUGUUUAGUAGGACAUGUCAUGUUUUCUUUUUUCCAAGGAUAUUUUCCUGUUUAGCAGGAUAUGUCCUAUUUUCUGAGGACAUGUCCUGUUUUCCUAAGACUUGUCCUGAUUUCUGUUUUCUUGGGACAUGUCUGGUUUUCCCAGUUCAUGUCCUGUCUUUUGUUUAGUUGGACAUGUCGUGUUUUCUGUUUUCCUUGGCCAUAUUCCUGUUUUCCCAGGAUAUGUCAUGUCUUUUGCUUUCAUAGGACAUGUCCCGUUUUCUGCUUUUGCAGGAUAUGUUUUUUCCCAGAUCAUUUCCUGUUUUGAUGGUACAUGUCUGGUUUUCCCAGGACAUGUCCUGUUCUUCUGUUUCCCAGUUAAGCCCUGAAAAUAUCCUGUUUUUAUUAUUUUUCACUGGGACUAAAAUUGAUGAAAUUGAGUUUUGGUUGGAAUCUUCGGGAUUCCGCAUCACCAUGGCGACAUUUUGGAAGUGUCCAUCUUCAACACACAUUCUAGAUGUAUUCCCGAAAUUACUUGAUGAAGAUAGUCUUUGGAAUGAAUUCAUUAAAUCAGGAUGAAGCCAAGGAAUGAAAAUGUGUCAUGAAAAAAGGGUGCGAGUAGGUCGUCUUACCUGAGAUGUGGUGGAAAAGCGUCCUGCCGUGUGGACUCCUCCAGCCAUGACUGACAUUACGGCAGGUGGCAGGUGUCUCUCACGUCUUAUCUUGCAGUUAAACAGUGGCCAGCUCUCCUCCUGACCUUUGAACUUUCAACUCAUGUCUCCAAUGGGGGGCAGAAGACAACCAAGUCGCUAAAGGCUCCACUUCCUCUCUUGUUUGCUAGCAACAUCCCAGACAAAAAUACCGGCAGUUGAAAAAACACUGUCUUACAUACAUUGUCAUGUAUACGCCAGCAGAGACACUCUUACAUACGAUGUCUUAUAUACACUAUAUACAGUACUGACCUACACUGUCUUACAUACAUUGUCAUGUAUACGCUAGCAGAGAUACGCUCUUACAUACGAUGUCUUAUAUACAGUACUGGCAUACACUGUCUUACAUACGUUGUCAUGUAUACAGCAGCAGAGAUACACUCUUAUAUACGAUGUCGUAUAUACAGUACUGACAUACACUGUCUUACAUACAUUGUCAUGUAUACGCCAGCAGAGAUACACUCUUACAUACGAUGUCUUAUAUACAGUACUGGCAUACACUGUCUUACAUACGUUGUCAUGUAUACAGCAGCAGAGAUACACUCUUACAUACGAUGUCUUAUAUACAGUACUGACAUACACUCUUACAUACAUUGUCAUGUAUACGCCAGCAGAGAUACACUCUUACCUACGAUGUCUUAUAUACACUAUAUACAGUACUGACGUACACUGUCUUACAUACAUUAUCAUUCAUGUAUACGCCAGCAGAGAUACACUCUUACAUACGAUGUCUUAUAUACACUAUAUACAGUACUGACAUACACUGUCUUACAUACAUUGUCAUGUAUACAGCACCAGAAUUAUGCUCUCACAUACAAUGUCUUGUUUACAGUAUGUACAGUACUAACAUACACUGGCUUACAUACAUUAUCAUGUAUACACCAGCAGAAAUCUUACAUACAAUGUCUUAUAUACAUUGCCAUGUAUACACCAGUAGAAAUACACCAACCACAAUUAUGCUCUUGCAUACGAUGUCUUAUAUACAGUACAUACAGCACUGACGUACACUGUCUUACAUACAUUGUCAUGUAUACGCCAGCAGAGAUACACUCUUACAUACGAUGUCUUAUAUACACUAUAUACAGUACUGACGUACACUGUGUUACAUACAUUGUCAUGUAUACACCAGCAGAGAUACAUUCUUACAUAUGAUGUCUUAUAAAAAGUAUAUACAGUACUAACAUACACUGGCUUACAUACAUUAUCAUGUAUACACCAGCGAAAAUCUUACAUACAAUGUCUUAUAUACAUUGCCAUGUAUACACCAGAAGAAAUACAUCAUCUUACAUACAAUGGCGUAUAUAGGUUUCAUAUACACAGUAUGACAUACACUGUCUCACAUACAAUGUCUUAUAUAUGCUGUCUGACAUAGACUGUCUCAUUGAUGUUUUAUACAUGAUGUCUGACAUACACUGUCUUAGAUAUGAUGCCAGAAAUUAGAAAAAACAUGAUCUUACGUACAAGACUUCAAUACAGAGUUAAAAAACACUGUCUUACAUUCAGUGUUUCUCACAAAGGAUACAGUCUCGCGUACGAUGUCUUACAUAUACUGUCUGACAUAGACUGUCUCAUAUAUGAUGUCUUAUAUAUGCUGUCUGACAGUCUCGCAUAUGACGUCUUAUAUAUUUUGUCUGACAUACAGUCUCACAUAUGAUGUCUGACAUACACUGUCUUAUAUAUGAUGCCAGAAUUUAGAAAAAAACCAUGACUUAAAUACACGGUUAAAAAACACUGUCUUACAUUCACUGUGUUACAUACGUCAGUCUUGCUUAUACUUUAAGACAUGCCUUGUCUUACAUAGUCUUGCAUACACUGUCUUAUAUAUGAUGCCAGAAAUUAGAAAAAAACAUGAUCUUACAUACAAGACUUAAAUACACGGUUAAAAAACACUGUCUUACAUUCACUGUGUUACAUACGUCAGUCUUGCUUAUACUUUAAGACAUGCCUUGUCUUACAUACACUGUUGCAUACACUGUUUAUAUAGUUAGAAACAAACUAUAUAUCCAGUACAUGCAAUAUAUAGUUGUAAAAACACUGUCUUACAUACACUGUCAAGAAAUACGCUAUCUCACAUGCAGGGCGUCUUAUAUACACCGUCUCUCAGAUGAUACAGUACAGCUGUACAAGCAGAAUAAUACAUUGUUGUGUACUGUGUACUGUAUUCACAGGCUUGGGAGACGACUGUGCAGAGAAUAAGCACAAUGUUAUAUCAUAGAAAAUGAAUUGAUUUAGAUUGGCCAUUGAUUUUCAAAAUCAAACCCGCAGACCAGUGAAGCAAACCACUCGAAGCGUGACGGGCACCAUGCCUCCGCGCGGCGUCUCAUCACGUCGCCAAACAAUUUAGCAAACAUCCAUCAACCGCUAAUCUCCUUAACAGGUCGGGACGCAGAUAAAAAAUAGACCCGAUUGAUUUUGUGGAGGCUGAAACAAAAGACGCCGGACUGUUGUGUGGCCAAAUCUCGGGGGACGGGGGGACGGGGGAGGCGGGCGGCGGGGUCUUUAAGUUGGGAUUGUGGUCCGACCCCGACCAAAGACCGGGCUUAGCUCACACAAUAGCGCAUGUAACCCCGGCCAUAUUUCACAUGACGCCUAUAACUCGCCCCCGCCGGCCCCCCGUCGUCGGCCCCCCGUCCCACCGCCUGCAUCCCAAAGCGGGUCGGGCCUAAAUAUAAAAGCACAUGGAGACUUUUGGGGAGUGUACGUCGUCGUGUGAGCUACUGUCCCGGGUCUCAGACAUGAACACGUAUGAAGAAUACGGAGACGAUGACAUCAACAGUUACAUCAUCCAACGCGGCAUCCAUGACGCCUGCCAGGAAGCCUUCAUCAAAUCCCCCGCCAGCUUAGCAGCAUCCACCGAUGAGAACCUGAGGGUGCUGGCGGCCAUCGAACAAGGCGAUGCGUCCACGCUGAGAGACAUGCUAACGCACGCGUCCGCCUUCAAGGAGUUGGACAGUCGCGGUUGGCUUCCCCUCCAUCGAGUCGCUUCCCAGCCGGUCCUGGAGCUCCUGGAGACCGUCCUGGCAUGUGAGGGGCUGAGUCUCGAGGAGAGGACAGGAGUGGGCGGAGACACGGCGCUCACCUUAGCGGUUAAGGGCGGCCUUCUGAGGAACGUGAGGACCCUGCUGGCGCGAGGGGCGUCGCCGCACACCACCAAUGCCAAGAACGAGUCUCCUCUGUUGCUAGCGGUGAGGGCGGCGUCCUUCGUGAUGACGUCCACGCUGGUGUCGCACGGCGCCUGGGUGGAGCAGGUGUGUCGGAAGAAGUGGACGGCCAUGCACGAGGCGGCCAAGGUGGGACACGUGGACAUCCUGAUGCUCCUGCUGAGGAAUGGCGGACGCGUCAAUCAGAAGGACAUCACCGGCGUGACGCCGCUGGCCGUCGCCGCGGAGCACGGACACUUCGCCGUCACGGAGAUCCUGGUCAACUGUGGCAGCAGAGUGAACUCCCAGGCUUGUAACGGUGAAAGCGUGCUGUUGGACGCGGCGGGAUCAGGAUCUACUUCCUGUAUCCAGCUUCUGUUGGACAACGGAGCCAACCCCAACCUGCCCAGCAUCACCGGGCAUCUGCCCAUCCACAAGGCCGCCUACGCUGGAUGCUAUGAGUCCCUGAAGAUCCUGAUCCCAUUAACCACCAAGAAGGCCAUCAAGGAGGCGGGACAAAGUCCAAUCCACUCUGCGGCGGAGGGAGGUCAGAGUCGCUGCCUGAAGCUCCUCCUCUCCAGAGGCUUCGACGUCAACUACCGCAUGACCACCAGGAACUCGGAGAACUACCGCGACAUGAGGAAGAGCGCUUUGUACUUUGCCGUUUCCAACGGCGACGCCGAGUGCACCAAAGUCCUCCUGGCCGCCGGCGCCAAAACGGACCUGGAUCCUUUGUGUUGCCUUCUUGUCGCGGUGCGUUCAGGACGCUACGAGAUCGUGAAGCUUCUUCUGGCCGCCAAAGCGGAUGUCAAUUGUUACUUUGGUGUCGUGAGCGACACGUUCUUCCCCACGGCGUUGCAGUACUGCCUGAAGGACCAGGUGAUGAUGAGACUGCUCCUCAACAACGGAUACAAGGUGGAGAGAUGCUUUCACUGUCGCCAUGACGACGCCGGCCCGGAUACGGAUGAGACUGAUGAGAAAAUUCCUUUUUGUGACUUCAUGAGCUUAUGCUGCCUGGUCCACCUGGCUGGAGGUGUGGUUCGGACUCUUCUGGACUACGUGGACCACGUCCGCAUCUGCUCCAAGCUCAGGCUCAUCCUGGAGAAACAACCCGAGUGGACGCAAAUAUCCGACAUCCUCAGUACUCCUCGAUCCCUGGGCCACCUCUGUAGGCUAACCAUCAGAAGACGUUUGACCCUCAAGAGACUCAACAACGCCGAGGUCAUGAACUCUGACCUUUUCCCGCCUGGCCUGAGAAGCUUCAUCUUGUACCGUGACCUUGACCUCAUCAAGGACAACUACUGAUUAUUCGGAAUUACUGCGCUCAUUUCCUGUUUGUUUAUGAAAUUAGCGGCAUGCUAACAGGAGCAUUUUUUCUGCAAUUCACACCAAGCUUAAGCAGACACCGCUAUCAUGCUAAGUGUUAUCAUGCCCACAUUAUUAUUAAGGUAAUGCUAACGUUAGCACACUCGCAAUCCCAACAUGCGGAUACUAGCAUAGUUUGUAUAUUUUCAUAAGCAAGUUACUGGUAUUACUGGUUACAGUAUUAUGCUAAAUGUUAACAUGCUAAUAUUAGCACAGUAGCUCUUUUAGCCGUUUUCAUGGGUAGACACUUAUAUGAUCACUUAGCGCUACCAUGCUAGGUGUUAGCAUUGUAACAUUAGCAUUGUAACAUUUUUUAGCAUGACCAUAGAUAGAAGCUAUUUUGUUAGCAUGCUAACAUGAGCAUUUUUUUUGCAAUUCCCAUGAAUAUGAUAUUAGGCAGACACCGCUAUCAUGCUAGCAUUGUAACAUUAGCAUUGCAACAUUUUUUAGCCAUGACCAUAGAUAGAAGCUAUUAUGUUAGCAAGCUAACAGGAGCAUUUUUUUGCAAUUCCCAUGAAUAUGAGCUUAAGCAGACACCGCUAUCAUGCUAGGUGUUAACAUACCCACAUUAUUAUUAAGUUAAUGCUACUAUGCUAACAUUAGCACACUCGCAAUCCCAACAUGUGGAUGCUAGCAUAGUUUGUAUAUUUCCAUAGGCAAGUUACUGGCAAGUGUUUAUAUAUGUAUUAAGCUAAAUGUUAACAUGCUAAUAUUAGCACAGUAGCUCUUUUAGCCGUUUUCAUGGGUAGACACUUAUAUGAUCACUUAGCACUAUCAUGCUAGGUGUUAGCAUUGUAACAUUAGCAUAGCAACAUUUUUAGCCAUGUCCAUAGGUAGAAGCUAUUAUGUUAGCUGUUAGCAUGCUAACAGGAUCAUUUUUUUGCAAUUCCCAAGCAGACACCGCUAUCAUGCUAGGUGUUAACAUGCCCACAUUAAGUUAAUGAAAUUAGGGGUCAAUGGCGCCAUGGCGGGGUCAAAGGUCAAGAUGAAAACAUCUAAAACUAUGUGUGAUGAAUGCUAACGUUAAUAUUCACGUGUUGUUGUGGAAAAUGUGUAGUGACAUAGACCUGUCAGGUGAGGGCUAUAAAUAGCGCCUGUGGAUGCUUGGG